GGAUAUAAUAAGGAAGGACAUGAGGAUCAGAGAGAGCAAAGCAAAGAAGACCAGUCGACAUCUAGCAUUCGUGAAGCACUCCUGUCCCGUUUCCCAAGGCCAAGAAUCGUAUAGAUAAUUGACAACGUUUUGGAACCAUAGACAAAUGGAUGGACAAGGUGCCCAGUUGGAUGAUGUCUAUGCAUAUGGACUGUCAAGAGCAUUGAUCAAAGUGGCACCUCCGGCCACUGUAGGCCUGUUCUCCCAGUGCCCCAGCCGCACUGAAACUCUACUGAAGAAGAUCAAGAUUUACAUGAACAGAGAGGCAGAGUGGAGAGAACAGAAGCACAAGCUGAAGCGACCUCCUCCAGCAUGGAUUAGCUACUUGGCCCUCCUCCUCUCCAUCAUCUUCUUCCGUCCCGUGUGGAGGGAGGAAGAGGAGCGGAGGAGGAGAAGGGUAAGGUGGAUCUUUGUGCGCUUCAGUGCAUGGCACUUUGCAGGCAGUGAUAAACUCUGGGCUGGGUUGGUGAUCCGCCUCUUCAAGGCCAUCCAGGAUGACUUUGGGGAACUUCCCCUGGGCCUCUAUAGAGCCACCCAGCAUCCCUACCCAAAGAAAGUCACGAGCGAAGGUGAUGAGGUCAAUUGGAAAGCCAUUAAGCUGCUCUGCCUCCCCCUCUGGGUUGUAGUCCUAGCCACUGUAUUGUUCAGCAUUGGCACAUGUACCCUGCUCUACUUAUAUGGCUUUGAGCUCCAAACAAAUGGCACACGCAGUUGGGUCACUGUGCUAGAAUCGAUGGCCAUAGCAACACUGGGGCCUCCCGCAGUCUUCGCCCUGAGGACUAUUCUGCGGACAUCCAAGCACCUGCUCUACACCAUGGGCAGCAGCAUCCAGCACCAGAUGAACAGCUCGGCCGUCAGCGACCAGAUGGGCUUCAUGAACAAGGUGAGGAAGGAGGUGGGCGUCAUGGUGGACUUCAUCCACUUCAUGGAGGUGUUCGAGCGGAGGAGGAUCCGUGUGGUGCUGGAGAUCACCCACCUGGACCGCUGCAGCCCAGACAGGGUGGUCCGCACUCUGGAGGCUAUGAACGUUCUACUGGCGGGGGAGAAUGUCCCGUUUGUGUCCAUCCUAGCUGUGGACCCCAGAGUGGUGGUGGGCUGUGUGGAGAGCACCAUGUGGCUCUGUGGGCUGACAUCCAGCGGGUACGACUUUCUAAACAAGAUGGUCACCCUGCCCUUCUCAGUGCCUGAGAUGUCCCGAGACUCCAAAUGCAGAGCUUUUAAAACCCUCGCUGACAGCUAUCUAGAGCUUGACUGGGAAUGUAUUAAGAGAGGAAAACAUAGAGCUGGGAAUUUCUCUGCAUUUGAAAAAGGCAGGCUUGAUGACAGCCUUGUGCCCUUCAUUGGAAAGGGCAAAAGCGAGACUGAGCUACUAGAAAAUGGCAUCCAUUGGGAAAUCUGGGCCAAGAAAAUCAAGGCGCUAACAAAUGAGGCAUUACACGCCAUAUAUACCAAAUACAGCCCUCUUCAUGUUUAUCUUAUGGGAAACCAUGUGCAUAUGAGAAGGAUAAUAAACUCUGUAAGGGUGACAGUCAUCGUCAUGGAGGCUAUGAAUUACGGGGGCUUCUCCAAAGCUAAAGAACUUGCUGCCUGGGUGGUGAUGGCCAACCUCUGGCCCUGCCGCCUAAGCUGGAUCCUGCAAUGCUCAGAGGACCGCCAGCAGAGGGCUGACACUGAUGACGCUGAUGGUGAUAUCAACCAGGCCAAGACCUUAUGGGAGGUGUUCAGUGAGACCAGUCUGGAGCUCCACAUGCUCAGAGAUCGUCUGGAGACCGUUCUAGAGCAGGAUGGAGACCCUGAGCUGUUUGAGAGGUUCCUUAAGGUGGACUUCCAGUUUACUCUGAAGGAUGUUGAUCUGUUCAGAUUGUGUACAGUCAACCUGGACCAAUCCAUUAAAGAAAAACUGGCUUGGGUUAGAGGGGGACCGGGCCUGAGAGACAGAACCAAGUCAAAUGCCAUCUGCCCACUGCGGAUUGGAACAGUUAUCAGUAUGAGCACAGAGGACAUUGGCAAAGAGAUGGAAAAGCUGAACAUUCCAGUGAAAUAUCAGCAGCUGCUGACAGAGAAUCAACUCGAUGGAGCGUCUCUGGUGUAUGGGCGCAGCAGUGAGAUCAGACAUGCCCUUCAGAUGACCUUGGGAGAAUGGAUUACUUUCAGCUCGCACUUCCUGGAAGCCAAGCCAGAUGCUCAACCUCACGCGACAUGACAGUGACUCUGCAAAAGCAUUGACUGAUCAAACCCUCUGGAUUCAAAAUGAGCUUUAAUUUUAUAACACUUUUUAUAUCUUUGGGAAGAUUACACUGUAUAGGGAUGGAAUGUAUCUUAAAGUUUUGAAACUGUUCCUUCAAUGUUCCCUGAGGUAAAAGCCUAUUGCAGUUCAAUGACUGACUUGUGAAUACAGCAAUGCACAAUGAAUGUCCUAGGAUUAAUUUGGUUAAUAAAUUAGGACUCUGUAGCUUCAACUCUAGGCCUAGACAAAAAUGACCACAGCAGUCCCAUCACUUGCGGUGUUUUGCUUACACCACAAGUGGGCCGUGCACUAGGUCUACGCCAGGGUUUGGCACUUCGGAAAAUACAGUGCUUAAGACGUGUUAAAUGGUUGUGAACGUGAACAGCUAAAUACUUUCCUGUAUGACCAAGAUCAAUAAGCAUCCUUUGCGAUGACCAACUACAAUGAAUAAGCCAUCUGAAUGUUAUCAGAAUAACAUGGAGCAGCAAUAGCAUAACGGCAUGCAUCAUUUAUUCACCUAAUGCAAGUGCCUUUUACAAAUAACGAUACUCCAAC